GUUUCCAACACGAUUUCGCCUAUACCAGUAAAUUUAGUGACUGGAAUUAAUUGGGAAUUCCUCACUACUAUCGGUCUAAAUAAAUAAGUUGCAGACCACGGUUGACUAGCCAGUCGAUCGUUGAGUCAAAUCGUGUACGUUGCGAUCUGGUUUUUGCAUCUAAUUAAUAUGAAUUUUUUUUUUGUAAUCGCCGUUUUUAUGGUGGCUACUUCGGCUCAACGUCCUUCUUUCGCGGGAUCAGGACCAAAAUCGUCCAUUCUAGGUUCGAGCGGAUCAACAUCAACAGUAAAUUUAAAUUCCAGAUUUAAUACGGUGGAUAGUACAAGCGAGAGGAUACCAAUCGACGCGCGCGGCGACGUAGAUCUAGUAAAUCGUAUAAAAACUUGGCCUAGAGAAAAUUGGCCUUAUUGGUAUGUAAAUGCCGAGAUUAUAGAGAAACAAAGAGGUACUCCGGUUCGUACCAACGUUGGUACUACGUCUAGCGAUACCGCGCUGAUAAAAAAUAGAUUUGGGGGCGGUAGUGGACAAAUCCAAGUGAAAAAUAAGUUAUCUUUCGAUACUUUUAUUGAUAAUAAGCAGAAAACAUACGAAUAUGAUCCACUGACUGACGCUUGGUAUGCCAAAAAGAACUAAAACCGAAUGGGGCUUCGAAAUUAAAUUUUUUUAAGGAGACUGUUGUUAACCAAUGACUGACUCAGUUUUAUAGGAGAGAAAUUUAUUAGUUUUAAGACCUAUACGACUGACGAUUAUCUUAAUUUUAAUUUAAGUUCGCUCGAACGUCUUGAACGGUGGUUAUGUCGAUGUAUAUUUCAAUUUUUUGUACCA